CGCUGUGUAGUUGACAUGUAGCAAAACUAAUUCCAUUUUGUGGAAAUUCGGACAAACAAAAUUAAUUUCCUUGGUACUGAAUAUUUAAAAUAUUAAAGUUUAAGUGCACUUAAAGAACAAAGACCAGUGAAAAAAGCACCUUCAGACUUCUGGCUACCAAACGCGAUAGUCGGGGCAUGUUGUAAUGUAGCCGCUGUCCUGGUAAAGCUAUGCAAAAAAAGACGCAUGUGAAUUUUUACUCUGUAUUGUGAACGAUGAACCAGAUGAUAGGUUGUGUGCAAGCGAGAUAGCAAGUGUCGAACACGGAGAGCAGAGUAGACACAAAAACUCGCAUUUUAGUGCGGGGCCCGAGCCCAUUCCGAAGUAAAUUGUGACUUGGGGCUCGCCCUCACCUUCCGCCCGUCAUUUGGAACAAGUCACCACCUCAACAGAUAACAAAUUUCAAUUGAACGCGCAACAUGGCGGAGGUGGUAGAGGAGCUGCCAGCAGCAGCAGCCGCCUCGUAUGCGGAUGAUGUCGGUGCUUCUGUUAUUGUUGAGCCUGUCACAGGCCUGCCGGGCGGAUUACCCCUCACUGCCAAUGGCACCGGCAGAACACUAACCCUUCCACCGGCAGCCAUGAAAUUCGCCGACCUCACGGAGAGUGGCAGCGAAAGUGGCGACGGUGAAGGCGAUGGCGAUGGCAGCGCCAACGCCAACAGCAACGGCAAUGGGGAGCCGGGCACCAGUGCAUCGGGCAGUGGACGGACCUCGCCGCCGCCCAACUGUGCCAUCUGCCUGUCGCGCUGCAAGCGAAAAUGCUUCACCGACUCGUGCAUGCAUCAGUUCUGCUUCAAGUGUCUCUGCGAGUGGAGCAAGGUUAAAGCCGAGUGUCCGCUGUGCAAGCAGCCCUUCAAGACAAUCAUCCACAAUGUGCGUACACUGGAUGACUUUGACAGCUAUCCGGUUCAGAACUCAUCACCGCCCAUACCAGAUCACCAUCCAGCGCUGCGUUUCCAAAUUGUGCGACGUCCCAGGUUCAUGCCGCUCGUGCAGAACCAGUCGUCGAUGACGAACGACCUGGACGGCGCUGCGGCUGGUGAUGGUUCACAGGAUGGCCUGCCCACAGCUGAAUCAUCGGGUGGUCGCCACUCAUACAAUCGCUUUGAGCCGUACCGCAUGGAGUUGAUGAACUUCUAUCGAAACGACCAGGAUCCCGCCAUCUCGGGCAGUUCGCUGAGCCAACUCUGGCGGCGCUAUGUCUACGAUCGCAAGCUGUAUGCCCUGCCAGUCAGUGAUAGCCUCACCGGCCACUUCCGCGAGUGGAGUGCUCGUUUCUACAGAAACAAUCCUGCCCAGAUGCAUCGCCUGAUGCCGUGGAUACACCGCGACAUUGUGUGCCUGCUGAGGAAUGCCGCGCACAGUGUCAGCACCGUGAUGCAGCUGAUGCACGACAUUCUGCCCAUGACGAACAUACUGGGACCCACAUUCCGGCGCCGCUUGUCGCCGUUCUUGGGCGAGCGGACCAGUCACUUCAUCCACGAGCUGUUCAACUUCGCCCGCUCCCCAUUCGACAUGAUUGGCUACGACCAUGUGGUCCAGUACUCGGCCCGUGUGGCGGAGGAGGUGGAAGUGGAUCUGCUGGACAUGGUCGAAACGCAGUCGUCCAACGAGAGCGACUUACAUUUGGAGGUCGGCGAUGGGGAGACGGCCAACGCAGAGUCCUCCAACGACUGGAAUGCAGCCAACGAUCGUCCGUCCACCAGUGUGAUUGUGACCAAUCCCGGUGCCACACAUUCCUUCAGCGUGACAAUGGACAGCGAUGGCAGCGAGCUCCCAGGGAUCUCAAUACGACGUGCGACCUCAACCGUCGGCUCCCAGACGGUGGCCAUCAACUUGAGCAUGCGGCGUCCGGCCAACGAGACGGAAGUGAUCGAGAUCGAUGACGGCGAUGCUGCUGCCAAUGCUGAGGUGGCCGCCAUCAACGAUGGCAGCAACUCAAACAGGCGACAGGCCGGCGCCAGCAUACCGAUUAGUGCCCACAUUGAGCUGGAGAGCAGCAGCAGCUCCAGCGGGGAUGAUGAGUGUGUCUUUGUGCUGGAGCUGAAGCCGCCGCAUUUGCGGACACCCGAGCAGGUGACCCUCGACUCCAACAGCGACUCGGACGUUGUCUUUGUGAAUGAAGAGAACGAGAGUCCGACGGCCACCCAUCGGCCAUCAGCCACAACAGACGCCGUGAAUGAUGCGGAACAGAACGCGGCUCAAACGGCCAAUCAUGGCCUAUACAUGGGUCCCAGUACAAGCGCUGCCGCCAGCAGAGGCAAGAACUGGAAGCAGUGCUACGACUACACACGUCGUCAGGAUCUGUUACGCAUCGCUGGCUCCACACGAUCGAAACGCACCAGCCAUCCUCGCCUCAUUCCCCCAGUUAGCCAAAGCAGCAGUUCGAGCAGCAGCAGCAGCAGCAGCAGUAGCAGCAGUGCCACACCUUUCCAAUGGAGCUCGAGCAGCGACGACAGCAGUGAAAGCAAUAGCGAACAACUUUGGGCUUCCGCCAAAAGAAAACAUCGCAAAGCGUUGGCACGCAAGCGUCCGGCUCCCCAGAAGCUCAAGAGAUCAACACGAAAGCGCAGCAGGCGACAGGUGGAGCAGGCGCCAGAGCAAAGUCCCCCCAAGGAGGAAGAUGAUGAGAAAGAGAAGAAGCCGCCGGAGGCUGAGCCUGAGCCUGAGGCUGAAAGCAGUUCCGAUGGUAGUUCAAGCGAUGAUGAGUCGGGAGGCGACAGUAGUGAAGCGAGUGAGCCCAAAAAAAAGAGUAGCAGUGACGACUCGGACGAUGGUAGCCCUGAACUAAAUCUUCAGCUUAGCGCAUUGCGCGCCGUUUUGCGCUCGGAGGCGGUGUUGGAGGAUCGAAAGCCGCUCAAGCUGGAGCUGCAUAUGCCGGAUGAGCAGGAGCGAGAGCAGGCACAGCUGUCUCAGGCACCACUGGGGGAGCAGCAGGCGGAGGAAACGCAGCCAGAGUGCAGUGCGCCGAAGCGUCGUCGCAGCUGCAGCAAUAGUAAUCUGUCCAGCCACAGUGCCAGCGUAGCGAGCAGCACAACAGCCACCUCCAGCUCGGCACUGAGCUCAUUCAACUGGCGGGCAACGAGCUAUGCGAUUGAUCCUCUGGUGCGUGGCAGUGGCACCACCGAUGUGCAUGACAUUGCCCACUCACUGAUUGAACUGUCCACACUGACGCAUGAAAGAAACGACGCUGGUGACGGGGCAGACGUAGACGUGGACGUGGACGGUGGCGUCAGUGGAGGCUUGUUCAAUGAUCAGUCAAGUGGAGUCGAGGAAGCGAUUAGCUUUCUACGCCAUGCACUGCCUAACACUGCCAAUAGCCUUGAGGACGAUGUGCGUCUGGGAUUGUACUCGGACGUGGAUGCAGAAGUCAGCAACGAACAGAGUCAAUAUCGGAUGGAGUCGACCAUCGAUGUGGUUGGUGAACCUUUGGUGGAAGCAGAUGCGGAUGCAGAGACUGCAGACGACACUGCCACAGCCACCGAAGAUCAGGAGGAAGACGAGGAUGAAGAUGACGAUGAUGAAAAUGAAGAUGAGGACGACGAUGAAGAUGAUGACAACGAGAAUGAAAAUGACGACGACGACGACGAUGAUAAUGAUAAUGAUGAAGAUUAGCCAGCUAGCAUAAGCUUCAAUCGUUUAUUACACUAAAAAUGCUGUUCGAAAUGUGUAUUUAAAAGAUUAUGUAUGGUCUUCUCCUAUUCUGAAUUCUUAAAUAUGUUGCCCUUGUCCCCCAUAUAAUAAUAUAUUAUUAUUUAACUUGUAAUGUAAGUAAAUAGUUUAAUCCUAGGCCUAAGGUUGCCAUGUUAAGUUGUAAAUAUUCAGGCCCCUCUUAAUAUAUUUUACAUAUAUGUUUUUACUCCUACCUAUAAGAAACAUUAUUAAAAAAAAAUGUUAUCCCACAUCACUAAUGUAUCCAGUUCCCAAAACGGAUCCUUUGAAGCAUUGAGAGCUAUCCAACCACCCGAUAUGUGAUCCCUACCCAUCCCUACCCAACCCAUCCCCCCCCAUCCCUUUCCCACACAUGUUGUACAUUUAUUUAUUUAAGCGGAUCUAAAAAUACCUAUAUACAAUAAUUAAUGUUCAUAGCUUGAACCAUAGAACUAACGCCGCUUUGGCACACAGAUUAUUAUAUGGAGAGAGUGUUAAAUGUUUUUGGAUACUGGCCGCCUAAUGGCGUGGCCAAUUAUGAAAUUUAGUACUCAAAACAGAAAAGAACAAACAUUAAUUAUAAUACA